GUCAAAGAGAGACAAUUUUAUAUUUUCCCAAGAAGAAAUGACAGGACAAAGGGGAUCGGCUAACAGCAAUACGUUUCUAAGUGAGUAAUUAGGAGGUAUAUGAAGGGGAGUAAAACUUGUAGAAGGAUUACUUAGGUAAGUGUAUUCAUUCUGAUCCAUUGCAGUGCAGAUCCCAGUGUCUGGUGUGAGGGCUAUUUUCUCAGCUGGUACGUGGAGGGUGUACCUGCCAAGGGAUCUCUAUGGCUUCGUGCAUGUAGGAAGAGAAUGAUUGGCUGGCCCUUUCUGAAACAACCAUUGCUCCUAUGUUUUUAACUCAAAGUAAUCACUAUUCCAAUUUGCUAUUUGGGGGAUGGCAUGUCUUUCACUCCUUUACUGGUAAAUGAUUAUAUAGAUACAGUAACUUUCAGGCAAGAAAUUUGGCUUGUUAAAGAGACUGCUGAGUUUACAAAGGAAACAAUAAUAAACAUACAUUUAUUUCUAUAUCAAUUUAUUUGUAAAUAUAUACUCACGUGAUCUCCAAAAACAAAAAAUUAAAUCCAAAAAUCAACUGUAAUACAAUAGUUUCGCAUAUUUAGAGUUUUUUUUUUUAACUUUGCUUUUUUUUAGUCUGAAUCUUUUCUUUCACAACUUUUCCUUUUCUUGAAAUAAGGAGGAGAGGAAUGUAGAGCAGAUGCUCUCAGGGAGCAGGAGCCAGAGAGAUCCAGGUUGGCAGGUCCCUGCUGUACUGUGGAAGUGGCGGCCCCUGGGGAUUGUGGAAGAAAGGCUGGUUGAGGCAUUUACCCCGGGCCUGCAGGUUGUGCUUUAGGGUAUCUAAAGCCAAUUUAUUACCCUUUAAACCUGGUUUAUUUCUAUAAACACAGGCAUAAUUUGAUCAUAGGGUAAUUUCAUCAAAUAGUCAACUUCCAUAUCCUUUCAGACACAUUAAGUGAAUUGUUUUAACCCUCGCCUAGAUGAAGUAGAGUAUAACUUCUUAUAUAAUAACUAUAAUAAUAGUAAUAAAUAGAAAUACCUCUUGUUCAUUUAGUACUUACUUUGCAAAUGUAUUUUGCUUAAUAUUUCACCUUCAUUUUAUUAUUUUAGUUAUAACCAUAACCUUCCAGAAUCGGCUCAGUGUUAAUUGUCAUUUUUUAAAAAACAAUGGAGACAAACUUAUUGGGGUAAAAUUCACUGUUUACCUUUAUAUAGACCUGAAUCCUGUUGUCUCCCUUUAAAAAGCUUGCACUCAGGAAAGAGCUAGUUGUCACAGUGUUUCAGUGAGCACUGCCCCCAUCCCACUCGUAUACACAUGCACACUCAUUUGAAAUCGCCAUCAUUUCUUCCACUAGAGUUCAAGAUGUUGUCAAAUGGUUUUCCUCCUUUCACACAAGCUAUUGCUGCAGGUUCUCCUCGCUUUUCUCACACAUCCCCUAGGGACAUGGCUCCUAAUGGUGCCCUAUGAAAGGGUGGCCGUUUUCUCUCCCAGAAGCCACACACUACAGGACUUCCUGUUGGGAAGGUGUCUUUCAUUCUUUUCCAUGCUCCUUUCAAACCACAUAUCCCCCUUCUCCCUGCAAACUGUCAGCUAAUCAGAAGGAAAUCACUGAACUGAGUAUCACCCAAUACCUCUGAGUCACUCUCAAGGAGGUGACACUGAAACAAACAUCUGAGUAGCACGAACAGCAGCUGGACACCAUGAGGAAGGAAGGGGUAUUGAGCCCAGUGUGCUAAAUGUGAAAGACCCUGCCUGGAAUGUCCUGUGAGCAGCGGAACUUGGUUAAAAAACAAAGCAAAUUCACGAUGGGCCAUCAGAAUGACACUUUCAGCAGCGAUUUCAUACUUUUGGGAGUGUUCUCUUCUUCCCCAACAAGUUUGGUUUUCUUCUCAUUUAUAUUUGUCAUUUUCAUUAUGAGUGUAACAGAAAAUACACUCAUGAUCCUCCUCAUUCGCAGUGACUCACGACUCCACACUCCAAUGUAUUUUCUGCUCAGCCAUCUCUCCUUUAUGGAUAUCUUGCAUGUUUCCAACAUCGUUCCCAAAAUGGUCACUAACUUCCUGUCAGGCAGCAGAACUAUUUCACUUGCAGGUUGUGGGUUCCAGGUGUUUCUGUCCCUCACCCUCCUGGGUGGUGAGUGCCUUCUCCUGGCUGCAAUGUCCUAUGAUCGCUAUGUGGCUAUCUGUCACCCGCUGCGCUAUCCGAUUCUUAUGAAGGAGUAUGCCAGCACUCUCAUGGCUGGAGGCGCCUGGCUCAUUGGGGUUUUCAACUCCACAGUCCACACAGCUUACGCACUGCAGUUUCCCUUCUGUGGCUCUAGGGCAAUUGAUCACUUUUUCUGUGAAGUCCCUGCCAUGUUGAAGUUGUCCUGUGCAGACACAACAAACUAUGAACGAGGGGUUUAUGUAAGUGCUGUGUUAUUCCUGGUGAUCCCUGCCUUCUUGAUCUCUGCUUCUUAUGGCCAAAUUAUUCUUACUGUCCUCCAGAUGAAAUCAUCAGAGGCAAGAAAAAAGUCAUUUUCCACUUGUUCCUUCCACAUGAUUGUGGUCGUGAUGUACUAUGGGCCAUUUAUUUUUACGUAUAUGAGACCUAAAUCAUACCACACUCCAGGCCAGGAUAAGUUCCUGGCAAUAUUCUAUACGAUCCUCACACCCACACUCAACCCCUUAAUCUACAGCUUUAGGAAUAAAGAUGUUCUGGCGGUGAUGAAAAAUAUGCUCAAAAGUAAGUUUCUGCAUAAAAAAUGAAUAGGAAAAUUUCUGAAUGUGUGUUCUAUUUCUACCUUAAAUACCUGAAGGGUACUCGUAAUAGGUUUUCUAGAAAGAAAUCAAAGCUUCUAUCUUGCCACAUGUGGAUAGAAGUGAAUAUUUCAGAAACCUUGUUAAUAAUAAAUAAUAACCUGUGUGUUGUAAACAUUUACCACUAGAAAUGUAUUGUUCCUUCUGUGGUACCAUUUACAGCCAUGCAACAGUUACAGGAAGUAAAAUUACCCAAGGAGCAGUCCUAUUCCCUAACACUAAAAUUGUAAGACUUUGUAAGAAUAUCCUUAAAAAUAAAAUCACACAUUUAUUGUAUAAGAAAAGACAAAUCCAUAUAAUGUUUAUUUUUAUAAAACUUUGUAAAAUUAUUUUGCUAACAAUCAUUUAUCAAAAAUUCACAAAUUCCAUAUGAAAUCUCCAUUAUUAUUUGCCUGGUUUGUCAACACCUUUGUUUAGUAAAAUUAUAUAUAUAUUUGUAUUAUAUAUUAUAUAUAUUAUAUAUACACACACACAUAUAUAUAUGUACCCACAAAUAUACAGAUAUAAGUUGUGUUAAAAUUGAAUUAUUCAUCCUAUGCUAGAAGGAACUAUACAUUAGAUAAGAGUAUCAUAAACAUUUUCUUAUUUCAUUUUUACAUAUAGG